CUUCCAUCUCUCAUCAAGAGCCCUCAAAACCUAAACUUCUAGCAAAGGUUUUAGCAAAAAUAUUAUACAAAUCCCAUAAUUCCAUUUCCUCUAGACAUGCAACCAAAUUAAGAAAAUUUAUUAUUUCUUGCAGCACAGAGCAAACAACAAACUUUAUUAGCUAGUUAGGUUUUCCUCCUUUUUGGAAACUUAUUUAGGUUUUGAUCCAUUCCGGAUAUACUUCUCAAAUCCCUUAAUUUUCAUGUACCAACUUUUUCUAAAAGCUUACUCUUUUGGUUUUCUUACUAGUGUUUUAUCUACAUCUACAAAUUUUAAGUUUUAGGGUUUCCUUUUAUAAACAAACAAAUAUAAUAAGUUGAGAAUAGGAUUUGAAAAAGAAAUGGUUGAUCAAGUGAGAGAAGAAACUCAUGAGCUACCACCAGGGUUCAGAUUUCAUCCUACAGAUGAAGAGCUUAUAACAUAUUAUCUAGUGAACAAGAUAAAGGAUGCUAAUUUUACUGGAAGGGCUAUUGCUGAUGUUGAUCUAAAUAAAUCUGAGCCAUGGGAUCUUCCAGGGAAGGCAAAAAUGGGAGGAAAGGAAUGGUAUUUUUUCAGCCUUCGUGAUAGAAAGUACCCAACUGGAGUAAGAACAAAUCGAGCAACAAAUGCUGGAUACUGGAAAACUACUGGGAAAGACAAGGAGAUAUUCAAUAGCAAAACAACAGAAUUGGUUGGGAUGAAAAAGACAUUGGUUUUCUAUAAAGGAAGAGCUCCUAGAGGAGAAAAAUCCAAUUGGGUGAUGCAUGAAUAUAGGGUUCGGUCCAAAUCUUCUUAUAGAACAACCAAGCAAGACGAGUGGGUGGUUUGUCGAAUUUUCCAGAAGAGUGCAGGAUUGAAGAAGUACCCUAUUAAUAAUCAUUCAAGGGCAACACUGAAUCCCUACUCUCUCAACAUCACUCAAAAUGCAUCAAUGUCCUCACAUAUGAUGCAAUUACCUCAUGAUCAUCAAGGGUUCCAGUUUCCAAUGGGAAGAGGUAAUUACAUGAGCCAUGCAGAGAUUCAAGAACUCAAUAAUAGGGUUAUCUUUCAAAGUGGUUCAUCAAAUAUGAACUUUCCAAUACAACCCCAAAUGAGUUACAGUAUUGGAGGUAGUAGUAGUGGUGGUGGAGGAGGAGAUAAUAAUUACUUCACUAUUUCAGGCUUAAACUUGAAUCUUGGUGGUGGUGCCACUUCGUCUCAGCCAGUUUUAAGGUCAAUGCCACCACCACAAGUUAUGAAUCAACAAGAAGUGGCUUCUUCUAUGAUGGCUAAUUGUGCAAUUACAAGUGAGGCAGGUUAUGGAGUUGAAAUGAAUAAUGCAAAUACUAUGAAUAGUGGUGUCAUGGCCAUGGACCAUUGUGCUGAUUUAGACAACUAUUGGGCUACUUAUUGAUCAAGAAGGAGAUGGUAUACAAAAGUAACCACUUUUGUGGCCUUGUAUUUCGAAGACUUUUCUUAAAAUUAGAUCAGUGAUUCGAAGUUCAAAAGUGACUACCUGGUCUGAAGUUUGAGAUUCAAAACUAAUAUUCAUUUCAAUGGUCUAGUUUUGAAAAAAUGGCCAAUUUCUAACUACAAGGCUGCAAAAGUGGUCACCUGAUGAAAAUAAGUUGGCUUUUAAUUAGGAUAGAAGAUCCUAAAAGAGGAUUAGUCAAGUAAGAAUGUUAAAUUAUGUAGUUUGGCAUUAGUGUAAUAUUUCUUCUACUUAGGAAACAAAAUUAAGUUGUUAUGUUUAUUGAGGAGUGUUAAUUAGUACUUUGUGGCAAAGCCAGUAGAUUCUGAAAGAAUGAUUUUGUAGCUUAAUUUAUUGCAUAAUCUUUGUGUAAUGAAUUAAAAGUAUAAUAAUUGAAAUGGAAGAAAUGGGAAAGGACAUGAUAUC